CGGCGCCAGAAGCCGGGCUGCGUGCCGACGCGGCGGGUUCGGAGCGGCAGCUUCCUGCCGGGCAGGGAAGGGGCGGGAGGCGGCCGUGCCUGGCUCUCCACCGCCUGAGGCAGCACCUGCUCCGGAGAAUGCCCAGGGGCUCGCUGGAGCCUCUCCGAAUCAGAACUUUUUAGGCUGCCCGCCCCCAUCCCCGCAGUCCCCGGGCUGCGCACCAGGAGGCGGGGGCCGAGGGGGCGCCGCCGCGCGAGUCCCCCUUCUGCCCCCCUCCCCUCCUUGGCUCGGCCGCCCGCCGCUUUGUUCCGGGCGCGCAGAAGGAAGGCGAAGCUGCGGCGGAUCAUGCCCAUGGUGUAGCCGCGAAGCGGAGGCAUGGCUGCCGGAAGGUUACUGCUCUACACCGGUCUCUCGCUUGCGCUCUGCGCCCUCGGCAUGCUGGCCGUGGCCAUCUGCUCAGACCACUGGUACGAGACGGACGCCAGGAAGCACAGGGACAGGUGCAAGGCCUUCAACACCCGCCGGGUAGACCCUGGCUUCAUUUACAACAACAACAACAACUUGCCGCUCCGGGCCAGCCGGUCGCGCCUGGACCGCUGGGAGGGCAAACUCCUCCGAGCCCGGAAUCGCCGGCAGCUCUUCGCCAUGAGCCCAGCUGACGAGUGCAGCCGACAGUACAACUCCACCAACAUGGGCCUCUGGAGGAAGUGCCACCGGCACGGCUUCGACCCCGAGAUCGCGGCCCUUAUUCGGAAAGGAGAGAUCGAGCGAUGCACCUACAUCAAGUAUCACUACUCCUCAGCCACCAUCCCCAGGAACCUCACCUACAACAUCACCAAGACCAUCCGCCAGGACGAGUGGCACGCUCUGCACCUGCGCAGGAUGACGGCUGGCUUCAUGGGCAUGGCAGUGGCCAUCAUCCUCUUCGGCUGGAUCAUCGGUGUGCUGGGCUGCUGCUGGGACCGAGGCCUUAUGCAGUACGUGGCAGGGCUUCUCUUUCUCAUGGGAGGAACCUUCUGCAUCAUUUCACUGUGCACCUGUGUGGCCGGGAUCAACUUUGAGCUGUCACGCUACCCACGCUACCUGUAUGGACUCCCUGACGACAUCAGCCAUGGCUACGGAUGGUCCAUGUUCUGUGCGUGGGGGGGCCUGGGCCUCACGCUAAUCUCGGGGUUCUUCUGUACCUUGGCCCCUUCUGUCCAACCUGUCCCGAGGACCAACUGCCCCAAAUCCAGACCCGAGAAUGGGACAGUGUGCUAAAAAACAAACCCAAACACACACACACACACACACACACGCACACACACA